ACCUCAGAGCAGAGCCAGCCCUGCUUGCGUCCUGUGCCUUGGUCCGGGUCGGCCAGCAGCCCCCCUCCCACUGGGACCACCAUGAGCCCCGCCCUCUCUGCCCUGCUGUGCCUCGGGCUGUGUCUGGGCCACAGGAUAAGAGCACAGGAAGACGAGCUCCCCAAACCCUCGCUCAGGGCAGAGAAUGGGUCCCUGGGGCCCCUCGGGAGAAGGGUGACCUUCAGGUGCCGGGGGUCACCGGGGGCUGCUGAAUACUUUCUGGAGAAAUAUGUGGGAUCUGAAUUCCAACGUAUCGACUCCGAGCUGUCACAGGAAGAUGAGGUCGAGUUUUCCAUCCCACGGAUGACACUGAAUGACGCCGGGACCUAUUUCUGCUACUACAGAAAAGCGUCCCUCUGGUCAGAGCGCAGUGAUCCCCUGGAGCUGGUGGCCACGGACCGCUAUGACUCGCCCUCCAUCUCGGCCUGGCCCAGCUCCGCGGUGACCGAAGGACAGGCCGUGACCCUCCAGUGCUAUUCAGGGAAUCGCUAUGACCGCUCUGCCCUGUACAAGGACGGAGAACAAGUCACCAAAGCCCCGGCCCAGCUCCUUGCUCAGGGCUCUCAGGCCGAUUUCUCCAUCCCUGCUGUGAACUCCACCCAUGGAGGGACAUACCGAUGCUACAGCUUUCGGAGUUUCUCCCCCCGUGAGUGGUCAUCCCCCAGUGACCCCCUGGAGCUCAGGGUCACAGGAACCUCAAAGGAUCCUCCCCUCCCCUACAGCCCUGGAGGCACCCAAGCUCUGACCCCCUCCCCACCCAGUCCUGGAGCCCAGGAUUACACGCUGGGCAACGUCAUCCGCCUCAGUCUGGCAGGGCUGGUGCUCGUCCUCCUGGGGGUCCUGCUGGCUGAAGCCUGGAACAGCUGCAGGGGAUGCCCAGGGGGGGCUCCCGCAUCUUCUGACAGAAGGGAAGGCGGGGCUGGGGGGCCCUGAAAGCUCGGAUCCCAAAGACUCCCGGAGUCCUGCCCACACCCAGAUGGAGGAAGGGUCCAGCAUGUGGGGGGUCUACACCAGUCUCAUCAUUGGGUGGCGAGUGUCCACACCAUCCCCAUCAAGGGUCCGGCAGGAGCCAUCCACCUGAGCCUUCUCCCGAACAGCUUUGGCCAUCAUGGCUCUGGGGGCCCUAGGCCCACCCUGACCAGCGGCAGGACCCCCUGCUUCCCCCACGACCUCUCCCAAAUCAGAUUCCCCACGCCCGGGACAAGCCCACCCUCCGCUGGCCUGGCCCACAAACGCUCUCUGCCCCGAGCCCUCCUCACUUCUGCUGCCUGGAGUUGCAGACCCGGCUCCUGAUGUUCACAAGAAGGCAUUUGCACCCCAGGGGCCCUGAGACCAGAGUCAACCUUCCUGUGGGAUCUAAAGGCGCUGCCCUCGCUGCCCCCUGGAGCUGCUUCAUCACAGCCCGAGGCUCUUGUCUCAGAUGCUAAACGUGCCCCUUGCCCAUGACCACCAUCCCCAGAGGUCGCCCUUCAUCCAAAGGGCCAGACUCUCCUCAAAGUCUGUCUCUGUCUCUCUGUCUUUGUCUGUCUCCCCUUGUGUCUCCAUCUUUGCCUCUUUACUUGUCUCUUUCUCUGUCUCUUCCUAUGUCUCUGCUUCUCUCUUUGUCUGUCUGUCCCUGUCUGUCAUUAUCUCUCCCUUCCUUCUUCCCUGAUUUCCUUCCUCCUUCAUUCUCUUUCUGUCUCCCCCACUCUCGGUCUUUUUGUCUCUCUCUCCCUCCCUCCACUAACCCACCCACUUUCCCAAGAAUUUAAUCAGAUGGAAAGGUGUAUGUCUCACAAAGUACUGAGGGAAGAUGGGGGAGUAAGUUGGUAAAUUUCAAGAUCUCUCAAUUAUCCCCCACAAAAAGAACAAAUUUGUCCUUCAGGGCAAACACAGACUGGUGAAAAAGCAAGAAGACUUGGGGCAGAACAGGGUCUUCCUGGUACGACUCAAGAUCCAAAGAAAAACCCCUGACCAGAUAUUAACCAGUAAGAAGUACAAACAUCCCUGGGCUAGCUCUCCUCAGACACCAAAUGGGGAGCUCCAGAGAGAGCUGGGUGUGGCUGGAGCCUCAGCAAGAACUGCAGAGACUUUCACUUCCUAGACGAUGUAAGGAUUAGGGUUGAGCCUAAGAAGAUUGAGGGAACCUCUGCUAAGUAGGAAGAUCAGGCCCAGCAGUGCUGCUGACACAGUCCUGUCCUGGACAAAGAGCUAACACAUAGGGGAGAGGUUGCUGGCUGUGGGUACUUGUUGGAGGGCAGAGCCCUUGGAUUAGGGUUUCUAAUCAGGUAGGAGAGCUGAAGUGAAGCUAGAGGCACCACUCCUCCACUCCAGGAUUAGACAUGCUUACACAAAUACUUCUCAGUUUUUAAAAAAUGAACUGGCAAGAAAAAGAACCCCACCAUAGAAAUCUACUAUGGCAACAGGGAAGAUUGGGGUUCAUCUUCAGAGGAGGAGAUUGAAGUAAAAAAAAAAAAAAAAAAAAGCUUUUACCCUAAAGAGUAACAUGAAGUGAUUCCCUGCCCAAAGAGAAUUUAUAGAAGAAUUCAAAAAAGUGUUCAGAAAUCAAAUGAGAAACAUUGAGGGAUAACAAAAUACAUUAAAAAUAAAAACAUCCAGGAAAAACAAGAUUAUGAAAAAAAAAAAGAUAACCAACUAGAAAAGGAGAAACAGAGUCUCAAAGGUGAAAAUACCUUUUUGAAAAUUAGAAUCUGGCAAGGAGAAGCCAGUGAAACUCUGAGAGACCAAAAAAUAACAAAACAUAUUCUAAAGAAUGAAAAAAUAGAGCACAAUGUAAAACAUAUUAUAGGAAAAAUCAUAGACCUGGAGAAUAGAUCAAAAAAAGAAAAUAUAAAAAUAAUUGGAGUGCCUGAAAGUUGUAAUCCAAAAAUGGACCUUCACACAAUAAUGCAAGAAAUAAUCCGAGAAAAGUGUCUUGGAGUGAAAGAACAUGAGGGGAAAGUAGAAACAGAAAAAAUCUGCCAAUCACCACUUCAACAAAAUUCUUUGUGGAAAACACAUAGGAAUAUUAUUGCCAAAUUUCAAAAUCCUGAGAUCAAAGAGGACAUUUUGCAGGAAACAAGGAAAAAAUUCAAAUAUGCUGGAAUUAUAGUUCCAUGGACAUGACCAAAAACUCUUUCUCUUAUUUAUUUUGCUUUGUAUUCCUUUUCAGUUUUUCUUUUUUCUUAUUUUUUUAAUAAAAUAAAUUUUAAAAUAAAAAAGGUGUUGGGGAUGUAGAGUGAAUAGGAUGCAAUGAGUACCUCAAGUCCUAUGUCUAUGCACAAGGACGUGGCUUCCCAAACCCUGGACUAAAAAACCUGAAACUGUGUAUAUAGAAUUGUACAAGACUUAUCAGCAGCCACAAUAAAAGACCCCAGGUCUUGGAAGUAUAUCUACCAACAAUAAAAUGAACUAGGCCUGAGGCCAAAAAAUCAUACCAGCAAAAUUAUCUAUAAUAUUGAACAAGGAUAAAGUGGACAUUCAAUGAACUUGCAGAUUUUCAGGAUUUUCUGUCAAUCAAACCCAAACUUCAAAGGAAAUUUAACACAUAAGAACCAAUUCCAAAGAUCAAUUUCAAGGAAUUUAACAUAGAUAAAAUGUUUAUGGUUUUUUUUAACGUGGAAAAUGUGUGUCAUAUGUUUAAGAUUGACAUCAGCAAUAGGGUAGCUCAAAUGAAAAAAUGGGGGCAGAUUUAAGGUAGAAAUAGUAAUCGUGUCAUACAAAUGAGGUGCAGGAGAAGAAUAGACACAGAGGCAUUAGAGGGGGAGGAGGGCUCAUAGUUCUGAAAAGUUACAUCGGGAAUGGGUUAAAUAAGCAACACUACAUAUAUACUAUGAAGUAUAUAGCCCCAUCCAAACUCUAUAAAGAAAUGAAGGGAGGGGUGGUUAAAUGGAAAAGCAAAGGGUGAGGGAAAAAGAUAAGGGAGGGAUCCAUGAGUAAGGGGAGGUUAAGUAAUAGUAAAGCAAGUUAGCAGCAGAAUUAAAGCAAAGGGUCAGCAGGGAUAGAAAAGUUAUGGGGGGGUCAGAGCCAAGGUGGCAGAGAUGACAUACAUUUCUCUCUGACCUUAACUUAACUUUAAAAAGAUGAAUAAAAAUGUAAAUAGGAGUCUAACAAAUCACAGCUUUUAUGGUCAAAGAGAAAAACAGAUUUCAAAGACUGAGGAGACUAAAGGCAGAUUGUUUCCAGGUGAAGCUCCAAAAGGUGACAUAACCUGGUCCCCAUCACACAAAGCUCUCCUAGAAGAACUUUAAAAGGAUCUUAAAAGAGAGAUAGAGGAAAAAUGGGGAAAGGAAAUGAAAGCCUCGCAAGAGAGUCUGGAAAAGGCAACACAAAAUAGACCUAGUGAAAUGGAAAAAGCAUAGAACUCAUUAAAGGAUAGAUUAGAUAAACUGGGAAAAGAAAGCAACUCCAAGAAAAACAGGAUUUGUGAAAGAGAAAAAGAAAAUAACUUCUUAAACAACAGAAUUUGUGAAAUGGAAAAAAUUUCAUAGAACAAAACAACUCAUUCAAAAGUUCAACUGGACAACUACAAAAAAGAAGUAAAAAAAGUAAGUGAAAAUAACACAUUAAAAUUCAGGAUUGAACAAAUUGAAAUAGAUGGCUCAAUAAGACAACAAUCAGUCAAGCAAAACCCAAAAAAUUAAAAAAUAGAAAAGAUAUGUGUGUAUGUAUAUAUUCACGUAUGUAUAGAUAAAUAUAUCAUUUCUUAACUAUAGCUUGCUUGGGAGUAGUGGAAGAUGGGAAAGGGCAGAAAAGGAAAAAGUAAAAAAAGGUGUGCAGCAGAGAACAAAGAAACAAUUUAUAAGGAAAUAAAGAAAAGAUGGAUAACCAUGAAUAUAAUUUCUUCUACAAUAUAUACUUUCUUGAACUGAUAAUUUGUUGUUACAUAUUUUUAAUCCUCCCUGAUGUUCUGCUGUGGACAUGACCAAAAACUCUUUCUCUUAUUUAUUUUGCUUUGUAUUCCUUUUCAGUUUUUCUUUUUUCUUAUUUUUUUAAUAAAAUAAAUUUUAAAAUAAAAAAGGUGUUGGGGAUGUAGAGUGAAUAGGAUGCAAUGAGUACCUCAAGUCCUAUGUCUAUGCACAAGGACGUGGCUUCCCAAACCCUGGACUAAAAAACCUGAAACUGUGUAUAUCUGUGUGUCUCAUAUAUCUGAAGUCUACAAGCAUUUUAGGGGACUGAAGCACUGAUCCCUCCCAGAUGUGAUUUCCAAGUUGCAAGUAUUUCAGAUUAUCCCCCAAAAUCCCAGGAUUCUCUCAUCCAUGGGGCAGCAAGUUUUGUGACUAUGCCAGUCCCUGACAAGACCUUUUAGCUUCUCAAACAAGUUAAUUAUUUGUAGACCUGGGAAUAACCCAAGCCUUAACUGAUAAGACCCAAAGACUAAAACAGAGGGGACAUAAUAAUUUCACUCAAAAAAUUGCCUAACAGACUCCAUUUUUAACUAGGUUGAUAGUAUCCUCAAUAUACGCUCUGACACCCCCAAGGCCAAAUAUUUAAUGUUUUCAGGAAAUACAGUUCAACCUAUGCCUUUAAAAAAAAUUCCCGGUAGAAAUAGAAACAUUAUUUGGGAUUAUACAUUUUAAUAUAUUUCCUUUUGAGUCAUGUUAGGAGAGAAAAAUCAGAACAAAAGAAAAAAAAUGGAAGUAAAAGACAAAAAGUGAAUAUAACAUGUGUUGAUUCAGACUCCACAGUUCUUUCUCUAUGCCUGAAUGGCAUUUUCCAUCCAAAGUUUACUAGGAUUGCCUUGAAUGUACUACUGAGAACCAAGUCUUUCAUACUUGAUCGUCACACAGUUACUGUUAUGGUGUACAAUGUAUUCCUGGUUCUGUUUGUUUCACUCAGCAUCAGUUCAUGUAACUCUUUCCAGGCCGUUCUAAAAUCAACAAUUCAUCAUUUUUUAUAGAACCACAAUAUUCCAUUACAUUCACAUGCCAAAACUUAUUCAGCCAUUCCCCAAUGAAUGGGCAUUCCCUCCAUUUCCAAUUUUUUGCCACCACAAAAAGAGCUACUACAAAUAUUUUUACACAGGUGGCUCUUUUUCCCUCCUUUAUCAUUUCCUUGGGAUACAGACCUAGUAAUGAUACUGCUGGAUCAAGGGGAUGCAGAGCCAGAUAGUCUUUGGGCAUAAUUCCAAACUGCUCUCCAGAAUGGUUGCAUCCGUUCACAGUUCCACCAACAAUGUAUUACUGUCCCAGUUUUCCCACAUCCCCUCCAACAUUCUUCACGAUCUCUUCUUGUCAUAUUAGCCAAUCUGAAAAGUGUGAGAUUGUAGCUCAGAGGCAUUUUGAGUUGCAUCUCUCUAAUCAAUAAUGAUUUAGAACAUUUUUUUCAUAUGACUAUACAUGAUUUUAAUUUCUUCAUCUGAAAAUUGUCUGUUCAUACUUUAACUGUUUAUCAACUGGAGAAUGACCUAAAUUUGAUUCAGUUCUUUAUAUAUAUUUAAAAACAAGGUCUUGAUCAGAAACAUUGGGUGUAAAAUUUUUUCCCAGUUUUCUGCUUCCCUUCUAAUCUUGGCUGUAUUGGUUUUGUUUGUUCAAAAACUUUCUUAAUUUAAUGUAAUCAGAGUUGUCCAUUUUGAUUUCAUAAUGUUCUUUAGUACUUCUUUGACCAUAAAUUCCUCCCUUCUCCAAAGAUCUGAUAGGUAAAUUAUCCUUUGCUCUUCUAACUUCUUUAUGGUAUCAUUUUUAUGCCCAAAUCAUGUACCCAUUUUAACCUUAUUUUGGUAUAAGGUAUGAGAAGUAUAUCUAUGCUGAGUUUAUGACAUUAUUUUCCAGUUUUCCCAGCAAUUUUUGUAAAAUUGUGAGUUCCUCUUUCAGAAAUUGAAGUUGGGGAUUUAUCAAAUACUAGAUUGCUAUAGUCAUUGAUUACUGUGUCAUGUGCAUCUCACCUAAUUCCAUUGAUCCUCCAUUCUCUCUUAGCCAAUACCAAUUGGUUUGGAUGAUUCCUGCAUUAAAAUAGCGUUAUGGAUCUGGUACCAUUAGGGAACUGUCCCUUAAUUCCCUUAGUAAUUUUUUUUCUUUUCUUCUUCCAGAUGAAUUGUUACUAUUUUUCCUAGCUCUGUAAUUUUUGGGGAGUUUGAUUGCUAUGGCACUGAACAAGCAGACUAACUUGGGUACAAUUGUCAUUUUAAUUAUAUUAGUUCAGCCUACCCAUGAACAAUUUCUAUUUUUCCAAUUGUUUAGAUCUGACUUUAUUUGUGUGAAAAGUGUUUUCUGAUUGUGUUCAUAUAGUUCCUAGGCUCCUCCUGGCAGGUAGACACCCAAUUUUUUUAUUUUCUCUACAGUUAUUUUACAUGAAUUUUCUCUUUCUCUUGAUGCUGGAAUUUGGUAAUAAAAUACAGAAAUGCU